UUUUUUAAUAGAUUCCCAAACAAUAUUAAAAUAGUUAUAUAUAUAUAAGUAGAAAAUUGGUGUCAACUUUAUGGUGUAACUUGGAAUAAUGUAUGGCAUCAUUUAAAGUAGUAAAUUAGUGAAAUAAAUGCAAUAAAAUAAGAGGAAAAAAAUGAUGAUAUUUUUAUUUUUAAUAUUAAAACUGUUCUUGAUUGAGAGACGGUGAGGCAAAGAAGAUGAGAGAUGGAAGAGUAUUGAGUUGAAUUAAGGGGUGUGAUUUGGGUAAUUAAGAAAACCAAUCAUUCACUAAGCUAAGUUUGAGUAGUUAAUUUGUAUUUAUUAUUAUUAUUAUUAUUAUUUUUUAUGUAAAUCUAAAUCCAUUGGAUUUAGCAAAUUAAAGAAACGGAAUUGGGGAAUUGAAAUUCAGAGAUUGGAUGAAUGGAUCAUUGGUUAGUGGGUUUUUGUUAUUUUUCACUUUCUUUCUAUCUCUCUCUCUCUCUCUCUCUCUCUGUGUGUUAGUGGUUGGUUUGCUUUGAAAUGGACCAACGGCGCUCCUCCUAUCUAAUGGGGUUACUCUAUCUGUAUCCACCACCUGCGAUUUCUUCUUCCUCUUCCUCUUCCUCUUCCUCUUCUUGAACUCGUGUAUUUUGAUUUUGGUGAUUUGACUGUUGGAAAAUGGCACCACAAACUGGGUAUUUGAAAGAACAUGAAGGGAUUGUUCCAAACUCCCUUGGGCAGUUAUCAUCUUCCCCUACUCGUCUGUGGAGUGCUGCCUUUGGACUAGGUUCCCACUCAAUUUUUGGGGAUUUUGGUCAGGUGAAGGAACAACUUGACAGUAAUGGGAAGGAAUUUGCUGCCACUAAACAAGCUGCUCAUGGUUUGGAGAAACUGAACACUGCUCCAUUUUCCAUCUAUCCAGGUGACACUAAGAAUUCUGUGGAUGCACAAAAACCUUCACCAGUUUUUUCCCUGCAAUCACCUCUGUCAGAAUAUCACAACCGUUUCGAGCUCGGAUUCGGCCAGCCCCUGAUAUGUGAAAAUUAUCCUUACAUGGAACAGCAUUAUGGCAUCCUCUCAGCUUAUGGACCUCAAAUACCAGGUCGGGUUAUGCUGCCAAUGAGAUUAACAACGGAUGAUGAACCAAUUUAUGUGAAUGCAAAGCAAUAUCAUGGAAUCAUUAGGCGCAGGCAGAUCCGUGCCAAGGCAAUGAUGAAGAAUCGACCUGCAAGAACUCGAAAGCCAUAUAUACAUGAAUCACGUCAUCUCCAUGCAAUGCGCCGUCCACGGGGAUCCGGUGGCCGUUUCCUGAACAUGAAGAAUCAGCCAAAUGAGAAGAGUUCUAUGGUACCAAAGAAAGUUGAUGAUGUCAAUCUUUCUGAUUUAACUGGUUCUCAAUGUUCUGAGGUUCUGCAAUCAGAAAGUGGAACCUUGAACUCCCAAAAUGAAGCCAAGGAGGGGAGGGGCUUUAAUCUCUUGAGUUCUGAGGUAUCGAGCAUGUUCUCGAGGGGACUGCAACGUUUUCAAAUCAACCAUAUUGGACCAUCAAUGCAGUCACUGGCAGAGAUCAUUGAUGGAGGAGGGCAUGGCAUGGUUCUCCCCAAAUGGGUUGCAGCAGCUGACAACUGCUGUGACCUUUGUUUUUGACCGGUAAGGCAAUGGGUUCUUGGUGCAAGUCACUGCACCAAGACCCUGUCUUUGUUGCGACCAAAUCCAGCUUGCUUCAAUGUCGUCGUUGAUGGCAAUUGUUUCAGGCUUCGCGAAGAGGAUAGUCCCCGCGUUUGGUUGCAAUGGCAAGUCAUUUUUGGCUCUAAUCAUUAGCUCUUUAUGAUGAUUCUUAUCUCUCUGUUCUGCAUCUCAUAAUGAGAGGUAGCUGAGAGAAGCAAAAGAUUCAUCCAAACAGAUAUCCAGUAUGAAGUUAUUGCAGUAAACAAAAGGGUUUGUUUGAAGAAUAAGAGAAUCAAAAGUAUGAAUUCUGCACUCUGUAUGUGACCCUCAAUGUAGAAUAAGAAGAAUGUCUAUGAAGUCUAGUGUUUGGUUGUUUAAAUUCAGAAAGUCAUAAGCAAUUUGUGCUGAACAAAGAUGCUUGGCUUGUGGGUUUGUAUAAAGAUAACUGUGAUGUUUGCUUUUGGUUUAUGUAAUAAACUACAUUAUCUUUGUAACAUAAUCCAUGCUUUUUUUAUCCC